AUGAGCUCAGUCCAUGCUGCUUCAGUCCUUGUCUUGUUUCUUCUCUUGCAUCUCUCUGAUUCUCGUCACAUCGACAAUGCUCACAUCACAAAUUCUCGGUCUUCGCAUGUCAAGGAUCAGAAUCUCAUAUCUGGCUCGACAUCUAAAGAGCCGCCGGUUAGCGUUUCUCGGUUUGUGCCGGGUGCAGUGAAGCACCGCCAUCGUCGGCCGCCACUCUUCUUUGCUGAUUAUCCGAAGCCGUCCACUCGGCCUCCACGUCAUAACUGA